UUUGUGUGGAAUAUGGGAUGUUGUUUGGAAAGAAACAGUGACAUCUCCAAUUCUUAGUUCAACUUUGAAACCAUCAGAGGACGCUAUGAGCUACGAUUUUAAAGAAAGCCAGGCUACAUUUAAAUAUUUGGAGAGGGGUCUGAGUGAGGUAUGUCUUCAGGGUAUGGAGACAGAGCACACUAUAGUAGCCUCCAGUUCUGCUCCUAACACUGUCACCCAGGUCGCUCCAUUCCAUUACCUCAUCAGUGAACAGGCCAAGUCCAUUGCUGCCUUACAGGACCUACAGAAUGAAGUCACUGCACUGUUGGAGUUUCGGGACCUCGUCAUGGAAACGUUCCCUCACCUACGAUCCAAGGCAGAGCCCUCGGUGGUGGUGGCCCGGCCAGGUAAACGGGACUGGGAGCCAGGGAUACGUGUGCGACGCAAGCUACGAGAGCAGGAAACCUCACUGGCACCUCGCAGCCGCAGUAACAGUCAUGGCAACCGAGCCAGCAGCCACAGCAAGAGUGACAGUGGCCCUGUCAACAGUGGCAGCAGCACAGGCAGCAGCGCAGUUCAGGACAGUGGCUUCUGUACGGAGAGUAAGGAACAUUGCUCUACAUCAACGGCCAGCAAGAAGACGGACACUGACCAGGAGGCCGAGGACGAGCUGUGGACACUGCUAGAACUGAUCCAUCGCAAGGGCACCAAGCUGCGGCUGGAGGUGGAGCACUUGCAGGACAAGUACGACAAGAAGGAUGAAGUGGACGUGUUGGAGAGGCGUGCAAAAAGUUUAGAAGAUCUUAGAAAAGGGCGGGAACCGCCACGGACCAAGUGUGAUGGGGUGUACCAAGUGGAAGUGGAAGGGUUGAGAAGGGAGAGGGAUAUGUUAUUAGAUAGAGUAACAGAAAUGGAGGCUGAAAAUCUGGCCAAUCUUGCUCAAACCAACCAGUUACUGGCGGAGAUGGGAGCCCUGAGUGCGGAGAAACGUGACUUAGAAGAGCAGCUUAGAGCUGCCAUUAGCUCCAAAACAGAGUUAAACAGUAGGAUCCACGAUUUACAUUUACAAUUCAUCAGUAGGUCAGAUAAUAAGGCUAGCAAAAUCUUAGGAGAUCAUAUUUUUAAAAUCGAUAAUGUCAUCCACGAGUCACCUUCUAGUCAGUUUGUUCCGGUAAAAAGGUCGUUGUCUAAUGAAGAAGCGGUUUGUAACAGUGAAGAAUCUCCUGUCUCUAAAGACCUUGGAAGACUGAAACAACGUGAGGAACACCCUAAUAGGAUCACAAGGACUAGUAAAGAAUUGACUGUUUUAAAGGCGAGCGAUUAUACCGACUCGAAUAACGGUUUUAAAAUAGGCGACUCCCUAAAAUUUUCUACUCCUAAACUAAAUAGAGGUUUUGUGUUGAGUGGUAGUUCGAAUAAUUUGUGGGAAAGGUUGAGUGCGAGUGAUUCAAAGUGUUUACAUGUGCACAGCAAACUGGGAACACUGGACGGCAUUGUCAGCUCUCCUUCCAUCAAAAUCAAAGGUGCCAAAGGUGUUCUUCCAGACAGAGACAAGACUGCAGCCAUCCUGAAGGAGACGAAUGUAGUGGAGCUCCAGCGCCAUCUACUGACCACAACUCAUGAAAACCAGGUGAUCAGACAUAAGUUGAAGCAGCUGUCCUCCUCCCACCAGAACAUGUCUCUACAGUUGGACCGUACCAAAGAGGAAAACGAGGACUUGCGUUUCCAGCUGGAGGAGAAGAGUAUAGAGCUGGAGGGGACGAGGGCUAGAGUGAGGUUGCUGGAACGUCUACAGGCAGCCAAGUUGUGUGGUGACUUGACACAUAGCCACACACUCCCCCCGCCUAGCCAUGAGUCUCCACCCGCACCUCUACUGCCCCGCAUGACUCUACCUCUGCCCCCACCACAAGACAACAGCAGCAGCACAGAGUCAGCUCACCACGAUAGUCCCCGCAAGAGACCUCCUAGCAAGAUACCUCUCAAGUCCUACACGGCACCAAAGCCUCCGUCGGGGAAAACCACUCCCAAAUCCAUCGCUCCGCCCAAAGUCGGCAAAGAUAAGAAGGAGAAGAACUGGGACCCGGUCACCAGGAGUAUGAAGGACACCAACAAACGUGAAUCUCCCAGACCUUCCAGUAGGGAGAGUGUUCACACACCCUCCAGUGUAGGGAGACGAGUUCGCAAAACCUCCAACCAAGACGGUAGUUUUUCCUCAACCAAUUCCAUCCCCUCCAUGCGUCGAGACCCUCCCUCCUCUCCUGCUCCCAGGAAGAUCCCCUCGAGAGACAGGAUUAUUAACUCUGAUAACGAGUCUAAGCUGGCCGAGUACCCAGAUUCACUCAACUCUGAGGACCAGGAGCUGGACCGUUCAUUGCCGUCACGACUGUGGCGCAACUCUAGCGGUGACACUGAGUACUUCGACAGCAUCGAUGACCACUCUAGUGUCUACAGAGAGGCACUCGCCGAGUGUGACUCACUCGAGGCAGAACUCGGUGAUCUUGUCUGACAAUAGCUCAACCCGAGGAGAAGGCACUUGGCAAAUCAUUUAUGUUUCCCAGUACCUUUCAUCACAAGGACCUAAAAAAGCCUUUUUUGAGCCAAGGUUGUAAAUAUAAUAUACAUAUAAAAUACUUUUUAAUAAUUUCCAAAACGUAAAUUUUGUUCUUUGUUUUCCUUUAAAAAUGAGCACCCAAAAGGAUUCCCAUCUUGUUUUUAUGCUUAGCAUUAAAAUUCAAAUUUACUCCAUACAUCAGGUUGUUUUGGAAAAGCUCAGUGGAAAAGUUGUUUUGGGUGGUUUGCCCAUUUACUUAUAUCAACAAACAAAUGAUAUAACUCUUAGUAAUCAGUGGUCUAUUGCCUUACCCAUCUACCUAUAUAAAAAUGAUUUUUACAUCAAGAAAUAAAACUAUACAAAUGUUAAAUAUACACAAUUUAUCCAAUUUAACUUUUGUUUUAAUGAAUUCAAGUUUACUAAAGCUUUCCUAUUUUACCGUUUCUAAAUGUAUUUAUUAUGUUUACUAGUGGUCGUCCAUUUCUUUUGAUUUUCUGUUUAUAUUUCGUCACCAGCAUGGCAACCCAUAACACCCAUGUUAUUUUGUUUUAUUUUCAAUUUAUUUUCCGUGCUUGUUUUUGAGCCUAUUUUAAUUUAUAAAGGGAUUCUGCACAUCUACAGGAAAAUAUCUUUCUAACAGUAUUUGUAGAUUUUAAAUGCGAUGUACUCGAGCUGAGAAAAAAGGUUUUCAAAAAACAUGCUUGCCUAUUAAUAUAUAGGAUUACUAAAUCGUAUAUCAAGCCUAGUGUAUUAUUGUAGGUUCCUUAAGAGGUGUUCAAGAUUCAAUGCUCAGCAAUGUUUAUAUUUACUCUUCUAUCUACCUACUUGUUUACAUUUCACUUGUGCCAAAUGCUUUCUCCUCAUUACCAUCAUUGUUGUGUUUUAAUCCUGUGUAAAAUAAUUGCUAUGUUGAUAUUAACUUAUCACCUACAAGAAUCAUUGAGGUCACAUGAAAUAGUAAAAAAAUCAAUCUAUUUUUGUUUAAAUUUUACUACACAUUUUGUACCACCCCUAAUUGUAGAAUCAUAUUGUUUAGUUUAUUCUUUGAAUAUUGACUUUGUAGGCACAUUUGUUCUAAGUUAGGGUGUUCUUUUGAUGUGUGGGUUGGAAAAUAAGAUAAUUUUAUUAAGUUAUUGGUAAGUUAAUAUCAGCAUAGAUCAGAAUAUUUUGAAUGCUCAUCAAACUAAACCAUUAAUUGUCAUUCUAUAAUAUUUUUAAUUUCAUCAAAUGGCAAUCAUGUUUUGGGUUCCUAACAUCCUAUGAUUUUUACCCCUAAAGGAGACAGAUCCUUGUUAUUGAGAGCGUACACAAACAACUGAGAGCGUAUCCACAAGAGAGUUUUUGACUUGAUCAAAUUCAGCCUAUGUAACUCAGGAAAUCAAAAUAGUAAUAAUUACUUGUGUUAUCUUUUGAGUUAUUUUACAUGUUUACUAUACAGUAUGAACUUGCCUUUAUUUUAUUAUCUACUUGAUGGUUUGAAUAUUGUUUUGCUAAGCUUAAAUUUUUACUAAAUUUUGGAACAAAUUUUAUUUUUACCCUAACGAAUACUAAAUUGUAGCUCUGCAUAUUGAUUAGGAAUAGAGUAGAAAUCACUUAUGUUAGUAAAAAAUAUACAAUAUUUUUUCUUAAAUCAAUUUAAAUUCUAUAUAAAAAAAUGAAGGAAUCUUUUGGAAACAUUGAUCUGAACAAUAACUUAAAGAAAUGUAUCCAUUUCAUCUCUCCCCUAGCCCAGAAUUGCACUGUUUACUUAAACCUAGUUCAGUUCAGUUUGCUAAAAUAACACAAACCUCACGUAUGUACAUGUGUAUAUCUAACAUCACAUUAAUUCAAUAAAUUCUUUAAUGUAGCGACCUAUGUGUGAUUGUGUGUUAUAGCAGUGAAGAUUAUUAAAGUCAAGUAUUAAAGAGUAAGUGCGGAAUGGAGUGAGAUACCUUGUUUAGCUUUAUUGUGUGCAAAUUCUGUUUGCUAUGAGAAAUUGAUUUUCAUUAGAAACUUUGUUAUUAAAAGGUUGGUGGCCUCUUUUAACCUCGUAUUUGCCCGUCACCUAGGUCUCAGGCCUAUUUUUGCAAUGUCUCCAGUAAAGCAAGGUGUGAGCCUGAGCCGGUACAGUAUCUUAUCUUAAAAGUUAUAGCACAGACCUCAACAUAGCUGCCGUCUGUCAUCUUUUAAAUUAUUAUUUUGUGUUGAAUUUUUUGUGGUGUGUUGAGUAUGACUAUGAUAUCUUUUUUCACCAAGAAAUAUAAUUAAUUGCUAAUAAAAAACCAACAAAUCCCACUGUUCCAGUGCAUCAAACAGUUCUGAUUAUUGGCCAUAGCUAAAGAAUUACAUUGUCUUGGCCACAAACAAAGCUACACAUGGCAUCUCACCUAUUCCAUUCCAUCAAAGCUUAAGUUAUACAACCCACUUGUUCAGCAUUGACCUAGUAAAAUUUUAAUAAUGAUGUAGUAAAUAAAUACUUUAGUUUGUCAUGACAAGACUAAUGAAACAAUCCUAUCAAAUAUCAGAUGUGAAAAAAAUAAAUAAAUAAAUAAAUUGCAUUUUAAUGAAGAUACAGGUAAUCUAGAUAUAUAUAUAUAAUUAUUGCAGUAUUCACACCUCUCUACUAAAGGAGUUGUCUUCAAACAAACAUGAAAACAAAUUAAAUAACAAAAUAUCCGUAACACAUAGGAGGGAGGCAAGGAUGGGUUUGACUAGUUGCAAACCUGUUUUUUAGAAUCCUUGAUACAAAUAAACUAGGCAAAAGACAGCUACCUUACCUAUAACAUAGUCUAUGUUAAUAUGUGAGUUCUAUUGUUAACUUCUGUUAUUAACUUAGAUGUGAACAAAAAAAAUACAAGCAGUUGGUUUUCAAAUGUCCUUUUAACGCAUUUGGUUUGUGAUUUAAUUUCAGAUAAUAAUUUAAACAUAAUAAUUUAAGGUUGCCUCAGAGAAUCUUAAACCAUCAUCACUCUUAGAAUAAUAUCUUUGUAGGCACAAAUACGGUACAUAUAAAACUAUCUAUUUCAUGUUUGUGUUUUUAAGUAUUUUUGUAAAAGUGAAUUAAAGGAGAACCUUGUAAAAUAGUCUACAAUAAUUAAUUUCCAAUUUAGUUUAAACUUAUUAUCUUACCGUCUUAUUCUAUGUUGAGAUUCCAAUUUAAUGUUAUUGUAGCAAAUUAAGACACUUCUGUUCCGUUGACAACUAACUUUAUUAGAUCUUCUAGAGUGAUUCAUUUAAUUUUAUCUCAUUUAAAAUCAUUUUGAACAAAAUGUUCUAAUAUUAUUUCAAUAAUUAUUACAACAUUGACUAUCCCUCUUUUAGAUAAAAAAUAUCUUUCUCAACUUAAAAAAAAGAAAGAAAACUUGUUGUCUAGUCGUUUUUUUCCUGCUGGUAUAGGCUACUGAACCUUUAAAUGUUGAAACUUAAAAGAAUUGCUCAAAUAAGAAAAGUUAUAUAUUAUUAUGUCAAACAAGCACAAGUCCUUAACAUCUUUAUAUGUACAGUUAUAAUUGGUACAUUGAACAGUAAACACAAAUUUGUCCAACUCCUAAGUUAAGAGUUUAGGGAUAUACAGUAGCCUUAUUAAUUUUUCUUUUAGAUUUCUUUUUUUCUGUCCAUUAAUGGAUUCAAACAAAAUUCUCUUAUUCUGAAAGAGGGUUUUAAGCUGCAAGUUUCUCAAUCCAAUCAACUGGUGCUUAUAAAACUUAAAUCAAAUCAAUGAAGUACAGAAAUGAAGUUUGUACAACAAUCACUUUUAUUUACCUAGAUAAAACUUGGCAAACUCUGUUGGGUAGCAAUUUAUAUCUUGGCUACUGUAAUCCAUUUAAUCUUCAAUGACAUUUAUUCCAAGCAACAUUAUUUUGUUUGUUUCACUUUAGUUAUUUACAGAUGUAUAUUUAUUCCAUUGUCCUAAAGGUUUUGUUUGGAUCAGAUAUUGUCAAUAGAUUUUUAUCAUGUUUUACAUUUACCCUACUGUUUUCAUUUGUUUUUGUUUAAAAAUGUAUAUUCCAACAAGCAUUUAUUUCUAAUUUUUGUCAACAUUUUAUCGUCAAUAAGGAGUGAAUAGCUUUUUUUGAAUAAAGAAAACUUAUAUUUAUAAGCCAUAAACUUUGAUGCUCUAAUUGUUAGUUAUUCUGAUCAAAUAAUGCCAUAAAAAUGAAUAGUUUAGAAUUAAUAGAUUUAUACUUCACUUUUUCACAAGUACAUUAGAGGUGCCUAUUUUGUAAAUAAUCGAAUGCAUUUGUGUAUACACUCCAGUUUCUUUUCUGUGAUACUUAGUGUAUAAAUAGUUAUUAGAAAUGUACAGCAAUAUAAUUAUGUUACAUACAAGUGAUAUUUGUUUUUGUAAUUGUUCCACAUUGUAAAGGUUUUGUAUAAUAUGUAUUUUUGUUUAUAUUAAAUACAGUCUUUUAUUUUAUGAUU